AUGUCUGGCGCCUGGGAGUUCACAGGAAAUAAUCCUGAAAGCCGUAUUGAAGCGAGAGAAAGUCGAGGCUCCGUAGGAAUGGAUCCACCACAACAAGGCGGUUGGCGAGAAAGACAAGAGGAUCCGCCCAGUCCAUCCCCAAGUGGCCGCGGGUACGGGAACUAUGCUCUAUCUACUAGCUCGUAUUCCAUGGCUCGACCUGAACAAAUCACGCCUGGACAACACUUACUUCUUCCUAAGCGUAAUAACCAGAUUCGGUCUAACAGCUCAAGGCCAAGAGCCAGAAAUCAGCGAGAUACAGCGCUUUUGUCUUCAAACCGUGUGCAAAAACUUCAUACCGCCUGUAAUACACACACUAAAGUCAAACAUCACGAGAAUGCACCACCUCGAUAUCCAGUCCCGACGUCCCAAUUACCUCCCCCUACAAUUGUUGUGGCACCGGUUACUCCUACUCCAGUCGUCAAAGAACUUCAUUCCCUUCUUACAUCCCGUGGAAGCCAAAUGUACCCGGGUUCAUCAUCUUUACGGCAUAGACGUUCAAAAUCAGCUCCGUAUAGUGUUCGCAAAGGUGCCCAGAAAGCUGCAGAUAAGAGGUUCGAUAGAGGUGAUCCGUUUACCAGCUAUGAAAACUCUGGGAAUAAGGAAUUAAACCAGACAAACUUAAUGGAGACUCGGGAAGAAGAUAUAGGAGUAAUGGAGAUGGAUUUUAGUGGAUUGGAAAUUUCAUUCCGAAAAAGAAAACUGCAAGGGGAAGGCAGGAGGGUAACAGGGAGAAUUUGGAUAGUGGGAAAGACAACAGCGAGGUCAGUGGAGGAUAGAAAUGAAUCACAGGGCUGGGAUACUAUUAGCAGGUGUCUAGGAGUGUAA